CCUGAGCACCUGCAGAACAAUGGCUUCAACGGAGACCGUCGAGUUCGUCUGCUAACAUAUAACAGCUGUGACCCAAGCAAAACAGCUCGGCAAGGGUGGAACAAUUUGGGAACAGCACGGUAUUCUGGCGCAGUAGACAGGUAUAAUUACGUUAUCCCAUCUUGAUGCGCCAUCUAUUCUGACCCCCAAUUGCCUGCUUCCUUAUUAGCUCCAGUUCCAAUAUGGUAUCCUCUAUGGGAGGUUUCCGACAUCGGUCACGAGUGGACAAGCUGAGCUCCAUUGUCCGGAAUGUAGUCAUCCGAGACAGCCGCCCUGUCUUUCGGGUCUUUGGAGUUGUGGAAAGAGACCCAACGGCAGCUCUCAGAAAAGCUUCACUUGGCGGGGACAAAUGGCUCUGAUCUCAACAAACCCAACUGGGAGACAUACUUGCUUUCUCAAUCGCAUGCCCAAGGAUGCAUGGGACUCACACAUGCACGUAGUCGACCCCACUGCCUACCCACUAUCAGCAGAUGCGGCAUACACCCCAAGUUCCCAUACCGUUGAAGAAGCCAUGGAUUUUGAGAAAUCCGUCGGACUCGACAACAUCGUCCUCGUUCAGCCUUCCAUAUAUGGGCACGACAACAGCUGCAUGCUCGACGCCAUGCGAGCUCUGGGACCCAGCCGAUGCCGUGGAGUUGUAUCCUUGGAUCCGAGGAAGACUUCUCCGGCGACACUGCAGAAGUGGCAUGACCUGGGCGUCCGAGGAGCAAGGAUUAAUUUGCAAUCUGUCGGCAAGUCGCUAGAUGGUCCUGAGCUCGAGGCUGCUUUGAUGCAGUAUGCCGAGGUUUUGCGACCUUUGCAAUGGACUAUACAGCUUUAUGUCCCCAUGCGCAUGAUUACCCUCUUGGAGCCGAUCGUACCAAAGCUUGGGGUGCGCAUUUGCAUCGAUCAUAUCGGGCAUCCGACAUUACCUGGGCCCGAUGAGUAUCAAGAAACUCAGGACCCCUAUAAACUGCCCGGUUUUGAAUCAUUAAUCAGACUGCUGGAAGAAGGCCAGACUUUUGUGAAACUUUCUGCUGCUUACCGGAUAAGUGCUGCGAAAGACGGCAUGAGUGACCUGGCUCCAAUCGCCCAGGAGAUACUGCGAGUUGCUGGGAAAAGAAGGGUGGUCUUCGCGACGGACUGGCCACACACUAGAUUUACCGGCUUGGAUAUUCGUCCUUGGAUGGAGCAGGUACUGGAGUGGUGCGGGAAUGACGACAAGUUGAUUGAUCGAGUCUUUAGGGGCAACGCGGAGGAUUUGUGGAUGGUCAAGCGAGAAGGUCGUUAAAUGGAAUACAAAGUGACAUCUAGGAUUAAAAGCUGUCAGAUAUACACGAGAUAUCCCAUUGGAAGGCAUUGUUAAUCUUGGUUUCUAGUUUAUGGAAAGCCUCACAAUCAUCUUGCCUCUAUAGAAUUGAAUCGAUGAGACUAGUUUGGAC